AUGCAUCCAAUUAAUAUCUUUACUACUACUUAUAUUAGCAGUAUAGACGUCCACACAGAACGUUCUGCCGCCGCAACCCGCAGCCACCCCGCAGGCAACCGCCCGCAUCCGCGGCAGCGCCGCAGCCGCGGCUUCCAUCAAUCGCCAGCGCGCCCUCCGCACUCCUGCCAUCCGAGGAAAGCCUUCCAUCCAUGGGGCCGUUGCUGCAAUUCCCCCUGCGAUCCGCGCUCCCUCCAUUGCCCAUGUGAUCCGCGCUCCCUCCAUUGCCACCACCUCCUCUCCCGAAAUCUCGCACCGCGCGUCCGCGCCCCUACGCCACCACCUCCUCCUCCACUCCUCACUGCGCCGCCACCACCUCCUCCUCCUCUCCCCUCACUGCGUCGGCCCCUGGAUCCUCGCCCCAUCCUCUCCAACCGCCUCUGCGCCGUCCCCUGGAUCUCGCGUCGCGCGUCCGCACCACGCCCACCGCACACGCCGCGAUGGGUGGAAAGCUGUCCGCGGACCCCCCCUAAUCUCUCGUUGCCCCAGCCUCUCCAACCGCCGCCUCAUCCCCUCAAGCGCGUCAAUAACUGGAUCGUCAAGAACUCGUGGGGAUACAUCCGCCUCAAGCGCGACGUCGGCACCCAGGGCGAUCUCUGUGGCAUCACCAUGAAGAACUCCCAUCUGUGUCCGCGCCGCGCUAUCCAAGGAAGGCGAUUCAUACGCCCCGGAUCGACGCACGAUUUGCGCUCUCUACGGAACAUCGGCCUCCACCGCUCUUCUUCGGUGCCGAGGAGGAGAUCCCAGGUGCUCGAUGGAAUGCCCAAAGGACACACGGUGACCCCCACACCAAACACUUCUUCCUCCACCGCUCUUCUGUCCAAGCACUACAGGCUGCAUCCCAGUAUCAUGGAGGCACCAACUUCGACAGGACCUCCGGUGGGUCGUUCAUCGCCACUAGCAAAUGCGUCGAUCGACGAAUACGGUAGGUCGUCAUGACUGUUUCAGUUUCUGCAUGUUCUAGUCCGCUGAGGCAGUCAAAAAAUAAUUAAUUAGAACAAUCAGCUUGACAUGAAACUGGAUGCCGAGGAAAAAACUGACAAGUAAAUUGUGUGUCCAAGUUAGAAAACCAAUGUAUAGCAACUUGUAGUGCAAGUGGCGUAGUAAAUAUGUGUUCUGUAAUCUGUAGCAGCUUGAUUUUGUAGUCCUAUAAUAAGUUAACAACUAACAGACCACUUCUAAAGUAGGCUUAGAAACUGCAUAUGAUUUAUAUUCAAGAAUAGAAAUAGGCACUAUUAGUGUCGGUCCGAUUAAAAAAGAGAAAAAUGUUAUGAUGGACAUGCUUUAAUUAUUCCCUUUAGCUGAAAAGCCACUCGGGAGGUACAAAUACGACCAAAUCAUACUCUAGAACAUGAUUCAACAAAUAAAACUUAUAAUGAGAAGUUUAGAAUUUAGAAAAUAAAAUAGACAUAAUCAUACUUACUCAUUUCCGAAGUUCAUCCACAUUGGAUGAUAACCAACUAGUGCAGAUAUACCAUUAACCACAUGACCACUGGACACCACAUGCCAUUGGGUCCAUGUGAGGUUGGCUGGGAGCGGGCCUGAUAGGUUGCUGAAGACUAAAGUACUGGAUAUCCCAUUGGUACAUUGCUAACUGCAAUGGAACCAUGUUAUAUGUUGAUUUGUAGUACAACAAUUGUUGGUUUGAAGUGCUCUACAAACUGACGAUUCUCCCAACUUUUUGAUCGAUUCCAUGAUCAUAUUCUUAUAGAAGGCUUUUGCUUGCAACUUCUGGAAGCAGUAAGGGUACCAGUAAU